AUGUGUGAAGAGAUUUGCGAAAAGAUUGAAGGCCAUCAGUGUCUCGAAGGCUAUAACAAUGUGUACAUCGACAGGAAUUAUUAUUUUUAUCCUGCAUUAGAUGAUAGGAAGACAAUUAUUCGCCAGAGUAUGAUGCCAGACAAUACAGAGAACAUUGUAUUGGAUAAUGAGGAAAAUGUAAAUCCGAAUAUACCUAAGCCGGUCAGAGCCACAGAAAAAACUACUGAAGUAUCUGCAAGGAAUGUAAGAAGCAACAAAUUGACCAAUUUAGAGGUGGAGAUCCUCAUUAUAGAAGUACAAAAGAGAACUCCUUUAUGGGAUUUUUCAUUACCCCUGGAACAAAGAAGUCGAGAAACUGUGCAGCGUCUCUGGGAUGAAGUCUCGAGGGAGUUGAAUGGCAAACUGAAUGUAGCAAAAGUUAAAAAGAAAUUUAAAAGCUUGCGAGACACGUAUAGAAAAAUUAUUCAAGGACAGCAGCAUGCAAGUAGUUCUGCAAGGAUUGAUCCCAAGGAUCCCAAGAAAUGGAAAUAUUACGUGAUGAAUUUUCUACGCGAUUCUUGCCUGAUACGACCAACCCAAACAAAUGUCACUUGGGAUUCUGUCAACGAGGGUUCUCGAGAAGACGAAAUUAUUUCCGAUGUAGAUAUGUCAAACGAUGUCGACAGAGAUGCUGAUGAAGAUUGUAGUCUGGCAUCAGCUUCAAUAUACACACGAAAGAAGAGAUCGCGCACAAAUAUAGCCAAAGAGUCUGAAGAAACUAUAAGUGCAAUAAACAGAAUCGCGGAUGCGAUGUGUACAGAAGAGCCAAAUAUCGUCAUACCUCCUCUCCCAGCAUCAGAUGAGGUCGAUUCCAUGUUGCAUGCAACAGGAUUGCAAUUGCGCCGAAUGCCUUAUCAGAGACGGAUGUAGACACUUUUAGACAUUGUGCAAAUGGUUCACACUCGACCAGUGAAGCCA